CGUCAGCAUCUAGGGCAGCAGCAGCAGCAGCAGCAGCAGCAGCAGCAGCAGCAGCAGCAGCAGCAGCUGCAGCAACGGCAGCAGCAGCAGCAGCAGCAGCAGCAGCAGCAGCAGCAGCUGCAGCAACGGCAGCUGCUGCAGCAACGGCAGCAGCAGCAGCAGCAGCAGCAGCUGCUGCGGCAGUGGCAACAGCAACAGCAGCACCACCAGCAAGCGCAGCACAAUUUCUUAC